CAAACCUUGUGUCGUCCUUCAAAACCCUCGAUCGAGAUAACGCUAUCGCAGUUUAGCAUCGCCACCGUGGGAGGGAGCGAAGGGAAGCGAAGAUGGUGACGCUGAAGCUACAGAAGCGGCUCGCCGCCAGCGUUCUCAAGUGCGGCAAGGGAAAGGUCUGGCUCGAUCCAAAUGAAGUCAGUGAGAUCUCCAUGGCGAACUCUCGACAAAACAUAAGGAAACUUGUGAAGGAUGGGUUCAUCAUCAGGAAGCCAACCAAGAUUCACUCAAGGUCUCGUGCUCGUAGGAUGAAGGAGGCAAAGCGGAAGGGCCGCCAUUCUGGAUAUGGUAAGCGCAGGGGUACUAGGGAGGCUAGGUUGCCCACUAAAGUGCUAUGGAUGAGGAGAAUGAGGGUUCUGAGACGCUUGCUCCGCAAGUAUCGUGAGUCUAAGAAGAUCGACAAACACAUGUACCAUGACAUGUACAUGAAGGUUAAGGGUAAUGUUUUCAAGAACAAACGUGUUCUGAUGGAGAGCAUUCACAAAUCAAAAGCUGAAAAGGCCAGAGAAAAAACGUUGUCUGACCAGUUUGAGGCCAAGAGGGCAAAGAACAAGGCAAGCAGGGAAAGAAAGUUUGCCAGGCGCGAGGAACGUUUGGCUAAGGGUCCAGCAGGAGAGAAGGAAGCUGCUCCGGAAGAAGCACCAGCACCUCAGACUCAAAAAUCUCAGGGUUCUAAGAAGACCAAGAAGUAAAUCCUUGGAAGUUGAUUCCAAGGACUUGGUGGGUUUUUUUCAGUCUUUUGUUUUUAGAAUUGCAAUUAAGUUUAUUGGCCACUGUUUUUGGUGUUUGGUUAUUUUUAAGGCAGACUUUUAGCCUAUAUGUCAGUGAAAGUUCAUGGAUUUCUAUUUACGCUUUUCUAUCAUGGAGUAAUACUUUUAACAUAAAUGCUUUGGUUUCGU